GGAUCUGAAUCCAUCUACAAUCUCAUGGCUCCAGCCGCUCCGAAAUCCGGCGAUGCGAUUUUCGCAAGCAUUGAUCGCGUGAAUGCGGAGCUGUUUACUCUCACAUAUGGGGCUAUCGUGCGCCAGCUGCUAACCGAUCUGGAGGAGGUGGAGGAAGUCAAUAAGCAGCUCGAUCAAAUGGGAUACAAUAUUGGGGUCCGGCUAGUUGACGAGUUCCUAGCAAAAUCUAAUGUGUCGAGGUGUGUUGACUUCAGGGAAACAGCUGAAGUAAUUGCAAAGGUUGGUUUCAAGAUGUUCUUAGGGGUCACAGCAUCCGUAACUAACUGGGACUCAGAAGGGACAACUUGCAGCCUAAUACUGGAGGAUAAUCCUUUAGUGGAUUUUGUUGAGCUUCCUGAUACCUGUCAAGGUCUUCACUAUUGCAAUAUGUUGAGCGGUGUUGUCAGAGGAGCUCUUGAGAUGGUGUCGAUGAAAACUGAGGUCACAUGGCUGCGUGACAUGCUUAGAGGGGAUGAUGUAUUCGAGUUGCAGACUUCUAGACUUCUGGACCUCUUCAGAAAUGCAGGUAGGGUGGUGGAGCGUCUGCUGGAACCUCCACCUUUCCCCUUCCAGUUGUCCUGGCGGGGCUCGGCCUUUCUGUUGCCCGAACUAGAUUCGGGCUGA